AUGCAGAAGGUUAUUCAAAGGGCGGCUUCGGCCAGGAAGCAGGCCCAGAAGAAGAUGUUCCGGGCCAAGCGAAAAGAGGAUGUGUCCAGCAAGAAGGACAACGCGCGGACGCGAAAGGAAUACAACCAGGCCUUGAGUACCACAUUGAAGGAGGCCCGGCAGGCUCGUUGGGAGGAUUGGCAAAAGGGCGAACUCGCCCCCAAACGCGACAGCGGACUCGCAGCUACAACCUAUGGAGCCCUCAACGCCUCGCUCAUGCACCCUCCUCGCGUGCCGGGACACCUUCGCCGAAAGCACAUCCUGUUCGCACCCGGAGAUCGAGUGUGCGUGAUUCGUGGUCGUGAUAAGGGCAAGAUUGAGGAAAUUGCUCAAGUGAAUGAGGAGAGCGAGACUGUACUGAUCAAGAAUGUUCAUGAGGCCGACAUCAAUGUGCCCGAAUGGGCAAAGGCCUCAAUGGGCAUCAAGAGCGACGUACUCGCCCAGAGCAUGCCCGUGCCAAUGGACGAUGUUCGACUGGUUUUCGCCAUGACCGACGGGAACACGACAAAGGAUUACAUUGUUCAACACGCCUAUGCUGGAAGGCCCUACCUCGAGCGACCGACCUGGAGUAAGAUGCCUCGAUACACCCGAUAUGUUGCAGGUCUGAACAUCGAAAUUCCCUGGCCUACUGAGGAGGAGCCCCAAUUCGAGGACGGAGCUUUCGACACAACACGAAUGGAAGUCGAAGAAAGCACCUGGGUUCCCUCAUUGGACAACCCUCCCUUCCCUUCCACCAUCAUUGAUGAACUGCGAAACAAAUACUCUCGCUUCCGAACACGUCACGACGAAGAAUACGUGCGAGAGAAGGUGUUGGACGAAUACCGCCAAGAGUUCCUUGCUAGCCAGGCACUCUUGACCCCCGCAGGUCAACUGAAGAAAUGGAAGGUGGAGCAAAACAUCCAAGCCAGAAAGGCACGGACGGAUGAGAAUGGCAACAUGAUCUUGGAUUCGGAGACGGCCAACUUCAUUGAACGCUUUAUGAGCCAGAGCGCGGCCCCCAAGCCCAACAAGAAGACAGGCAAGGCCAAAGUGACUGCCUAG